AUGAUUCGUGCACCAGCCGUUAAUAUUUCUCGUCCUUUGGUUACUUUGAAAAAGCCUAUUAAACAUGUCUUCGUCAUUGUUCUAGAAUCAAUCCGUGCCGAUGCUGUAAAAUCUACUUUCGCAUCCGAUGCGAUUGCUGCUAAGGUGACACCACUUCUCAAUUCACUUUGGAAGAAUUCUGUUCAUACAGUGGCAUCAGGCACAUCAUCGUAUACACUAAAAAGUAUUGUCAGUAUUUUUUGUGGUAUCUAUCCUCUGAAUGUUAAUUUUCUCAAAGAAGCAAAUUCAGAAAAUUUCUUAGAUGAAAAAUGUUUACCUGAACUACUUCGUGAGACUUUUCGAACGAAAAACAAUCAAUCAGCAUUUCGUUCAGCCUUCUUUACAGCAGCUCGUGAUGAUUUCGAUCAUCAGAAAGAUUUAUUUAACAAGCUUAAAUUUGAUACCACGAUUAAUGGUUUUGAUAUUUAUGAAGAGGUAGGAUAUGUUCCCGAUCUUGGGAUGUUUGGCCCUGCUGAUUCAUAUAUUUUACCUCUAAUGUGGAAAUGGAUUGAUAAUAAUUUGGCAGAAAAACAAACAAAACAUUUGAUGAUCANUGAGAUGUUGGCCGACUCAAACGGUCUUUCCUUUCUCGAAUUAUGGGUUUCACAAGGGACAUGA